AUGUUGGCACUCAUCCCCUUCUCGUGGUUGAGUGCCAUGUUCCUGCUGAGUUUGGUCUCACGCACUCAAGCGGUCCAGAACUUCAAUCGGCGAAGUGACCUGCAAGACGUCCCGCCUCUUAACCUUACGACUGCGGGCUGGACUGUGCCACUCCAAGGAAGUGAGACUUGUGACGGCAUCGUCGGGAAACAAGACUGCAUCGAUGCGCUCACUGCUCCUUCUGCGGACAAGCACCUGCAAUAUCUCGCCAUCGCUCGAGGAGUUUAUUUCUACAACUGUAGCGCACCGAAUGCUGCCCCUGUCUUCGAGUACCAAUCAACCCAAUUGUACAACGCUGCACCGCUCCUGGCCUCAUCAAUGGCUGAAGAAACUUUCCAUGCGCUUGUUCCACAGCUGUAUGACUACGACUAUGGGCAACUCGAAAAUUCUACGCUCGAGUGCAUGGGUACAAUUGGAACAGACAACAACACAGCCAUUGUCACUCUAUUUGACAUCAGCACUUUCGAGGCAAUACCCCUAGAAUCUGUGCUGGCUCCAAAUUACCCCAGGGAAAAUGGUCGAUGGGCGCAUUCCGUCAGUCCUGGCAAGUCUUGGGAGAUCUACCGUGUCGAAGUAGUAGGCGGAAGUCCCCCUGUUUGCGGGCGAGAGAUCGCGAAUUACGAAAGAGAAUAUGCAGCAGAGUACUGGUUCUUCCAUUCUGAGGGAGAAGAUCUAUGGACCGGCGUUACUCAGGAGAAUGUUGGUGCCAGCACCAAAGCAUUGGUAUGA